CACGACACCGGUUCGCAUCUUCCUUCCGUUUCUUGGGCGACCCGGUGAAGCCCCUCAGCUGAAAUCCCAUCUGAAGCUACAUCGAUCCGACAUCUGGUCUCUUCGAGUUGAAGCCGAAUUUUGCCCUGUGGCAUUUCUAGCUGCCCAAUUCCACCACUUCACCACCAACCAACAAAGGACGGGGACUCGGUGGAUGUUCCUCCCUCCCCUCGUCUGGGUUACGUCAAUUGCGGCAGUUGUGAUGCACAGAGAAACGGCCCCGGCCGGCUUUUUAUGAAUUCCGUGACAAGAAUUCCCGCCAGAAUUUACAGCAACUGGACGACAGUUCUCAGCUCAACCCCGGCAACCUUCGCUACCGCUUCUCGGCGGCCACUCCAACCUGGUGCCAUCGUCGACAUCCGCGCACCUUUGGGUAUCUCCACCUGCCGUUCCAGGUUUCUGUCGACGUCCUCCACCUGCCAUUCCAGGUUUCUGUCGACGUCCUCCUCAAAGCAGCCAGCUGUUCAUCCACGAUCGGCCUUCACCGCUGCUCGUCUUCCUUGUGCUUCCCACUCGACACCGUCAGCGAGGCCAUCCUCUGUUCACCAUCGGAUCUUGGAUCAAGGACCAGCCAUGGCGGACAGAGAUAUCCUCCCAGGCAACUUCAAGCCGACCCACUACGACCUCGUCAUCAAGGACUUGGACUUUGAGAAGUGGGCCUACAAGGGCACUGUCAGAAUCGAUGGUGAACUCGUCGCUCCGACGAGCCAGAUCACCCUAAACACGCUCGAGCUCAAGCUUCUCAGCUCCAAAAUUGUCGUCAGCCAGAACAAGAGCGAACAAUCAUGGGCGUCGACCGGUUCGACCGAGGACACGGCGUCGCAGCGGUCUACCAUCACGUUCCCCGAGGAGCUUCCCGUAUCGUCCAAGGCGUCUCUGACCAUUGUGUUCACUGGUGAGCUGAAUCACGACAUGGCCGGCUUCUAUCGCAGCCAGUACAAGCCCGCUGUUGCGGCAGCUGCGAGCGUGCCCCGCGAUGGCCAGUUUCACUACAUGCUGAGCACCCAGUUCGAGUCCUGCGAUGCUCGCCGUGCCUUUCCCUGCUUUGAUGAGCCGAAUCUCAAGGCGACAUUUGACUUCGCCGUUGAGAUUCCUGACGAUCAGGUUGCCUUGUCCAAUAUGCCUGCCAAGGACACACAAGCUGCCGGGCCUAACAAGAAGCUCGUGUCGUUUGAGACAACCCCGGUCAUGAGCACCUACCUGCUCGCGUGGGCGGUGGGCGACUUUGAGUAUGUUGAAGCCUUCACUGACCGCAAGUAUAACGGCAAGACGGUUCCCGUCCGUGUCUAUACGACUCGCGGACUCGAGGAGCAGGGGCGGUGGGCACUGGAACAUGCGCCAAAGAUCAUCGACUUCUUCUCGGAAUCGUUCGAGAUCGACUACCCCCUUCCAAAGAGCGAUAUCCUUGCCGUGCACGAGUUCACCCAUGGCGCCAUGGAGAACUGGGGCUUGGUCACCUAUCGAAUGACUGCAAUCCUCUUUGACGAGAAGCUCUCCGAGGCUAGGUUCCGGAACCGAAUUGCUUACGUCGUCGCCCACGAGCUUGCACACCAGUGGUUUGGCAACCUUGUCACCAUGGACUGGUGGGAUGAGCUGUGGCUCAACGAGGGGUUUGCCACGUGGGCCGGCUGGCUGGCGACGGACCAUCUCCACCCCGAGUGGGAGGUCUGGCCGCAAUGGGUAAACGAGGGCAUGGACUCGGCGCUCGACCUCGACUCUGUCCGCGCAUCCCAUCCGAUCCAGGUGGCAGUCCGCGAUGCCCUUGAUGUCAACCAAAUCUUUGACAGCAUCAGCUACUUGAAGGGCUGCUCAAUGAUUCGCAUGCUGGCGUCGAACCUCGGAAUCAAGACGUUUCUCAAAGGUAUUGCCAUCUACCUGAAGAAAAACGCAUACGGCAACGCAAAGACGGAGGCACUGUGGGGCGCCCUUAGCGAAGCGUCCGGUGUUGAUGUCAACACGAUGAUGAAGCCCUGGAUCGAGAAGAUUGGCUUCCCCGUGCUCACGGUCACAGAAGGGUCGGAUGAAAUAUCUGUCAAGCAGAAUCGCUUUCUUUCAACUGGCGAUGCCAAGCCCGAGGAUGAUGAGACGAUUUGGUGGGUGCCGCUUGCCGUCAAGGGCAAGGUCGGGUCGCAAGACAUCGAGCCGCUCUCCCUCACCACCAAGCAGUCCACCAUCAGCGGAGUCAGCUCCGAGUUUUACCAAAUCAAUGCCGGCGCAACUGGCUUUUAUCGUGUCAACUACUCAGAGCCGCGGCUGAAGCUCCUGGGCACCCAGCUUGAUCGGUUAAGCACCGAAGAUAAGAUUUUCAUCACCGGAUGCGCCUCUGACCUUGCCUUCUCUGGAUACGGCACUACUGCGGCCCUUUUGUCCUUCAUCCAGGGCAUGAAGAACGAAUCGCAUUUCCGGGUCUUGAGCCAGGCGCUCGACUCGAUCAACAGGCUCAAGUCCAUCUUUGCCAGUGAUGAAGAGACCAAGAAAGCCCUGCAGAAGUUUGUUCUCGAGCUGAUUGACGUCCCAUUGAAGAGCUUGGGCUGGGAGGCAUCAGAGGACGAAGACUACAACACCGGCCUGCUGCGAAAGCGCCUCCUUCUCACGGCCAUCGGCAACGGCCAUGAAGAGACGAUUCGAGCAGCCUUUAAACUCUGGACCGCUUACCGUGAGAACCCCACCAAAGCUCCGCUUCCAGCAGACCUUCGCGCUCCCGUGUAUCGUGCUGCUACCCGCACAGACACUGCGGCCAGCGUGGUGGCUUUGAAGGAGGAGUGGUUCACGACUCCCGCGGUUGACGGAAAGGAAAUCUGCCUCCAGGCUCUUGGCCACGUCACGGAUGCCACGAUUGUCGAGCAGGUCCUUCUGCCGUUCUUGUUUAGCAUUUCGCCCCCGGCAACAGCCGCCGACUCGGUGCCGUCCGGUGACAUGCAUACGCUGGCUGGAGCGCUGGCAGGCAACCGUGUGGCCAAGCCCCUGCUCUGGGCGUUCAUCCGCGACAAUUGGGAGCAGGUCCUCGCGAAGGUCGGCGGCAAUCCCAUCGUCCUUGACCGCCUCGUAAACCGGAGUCUGAGCAAGUUUGAUGAUCUGGAGACGCUCAGGGACAUUGAAAAGUUCUUCUCCAGUGUCGACACCAAGGGGUUCGAUCGCACUCUCGAGACGGUCAAGGACAAGGUCCGGGGCCGUGCUGCCUACAAGAAGCGCGAUGCCCAAGGACUCAAGGAGUGGCUAGCUAGCAACGGCUAUGCGUGAGCACGGUAUUUUGGAAGAUGGGAGGAUAUUUCCCUAGGUGUGUUUGGGCUUCUUCGGGCGGUUGGCCUGGGCUAGGUCAGAGUUAGUUUGUCAGCCCAACUGGGCAUCUUACCGACUUAUCCUGAGGAGUACCGGCUUGUUCCGACCUGUCCGUCUCAAAUAAUAGCGUCUGAAUCUUUUAGGCGUUGAUUGAAAAUCAGCAGUGUAAUGAUUUAGGUAUGACAUUAACUCGAGGCCAAGAAGUUGAGGAUUCAAGACAAGUCAACACAAUCUGGUCGAGAGAUUCACUGUUAAUUACUAUACAACAGGCCAUCCGCUCGAAAAAUCAAUCUUAUUCCAUCCGAAGCGCUUUUGCCCGUCGGCAUAGCCAACUCGGGUGUCCACAUAGUGGUAGUACAAGACC